AUGGAGACUGAUAUCCAGGACCUGCCCGUUGUCUCCGACAGCCCGCCGGCUUCUCGUUCGGGGACAUCGCGGAGACGGACCCGGACAGCGACGGCGUGCAGCACCUGCAGAGCGAGGAGGACCAGAUGUGACAGUCGGAAGCCUGACUGUGGAUUUUGUCGUGCCCGUGGGCUUCAGUGUCACUACGAGCAGAGCGAGCCAGCCCCUACGUCCAAAGUGGGGGUGGAACUCGCCGCUAUCAACCGGCGGCUCGAUCACAUCACCAGCGUCUUAUGCUCUACCCAGUCACCCCCCGCAACACCAGGGCAUGUGAAGAGCCAAGUCUUCACUGGCGAAGAGAAACUGCCCUUCCAGCUGCUCGGAACCGGCUGCAUGAUGUCCAUUCUCGGCCUUGGCCCCGGCUUCGCUGAGGAGCUUGCCACACUCGAAAGGCACGCCGCAUCCGUUGGCACUGGUAAUUCAUUGAGAGUGCGCCUCAUCCAGCAAGAACAAGCCUUGUCAGCCCUCGCCGCCUUCUCCGCACACGUCCACAUCUGGUAUCCAAUACUCCGCCCGCGCUUUUCAGAACGCUACCUUGGCAUCAUCUCGGGAUCUUUGCCGCCAGGCUCCGAGACAUGCAUGGUUCUGUUGGUUGCCGCACUUGGUGUUCUCGCACAGCAAGACCACGAGCUAGGCGUAUCCUCCCGCGACGAGACCAGCGAGCUCUACCUUGAGGCCGCCAUGGCAUCCCUACCGGCAGUACUCAUCGACAAGAGUGUUGAGAGCGUGCAGUGCCUAGUGCUUCUGAGCAUCUACCAUUGUUGUCUGUCCAAGCCUUCCCAGGCAUACGACUACGCCAUGAUUGCCUCAUUCAAAGUGCAGAACCUAUUGAAGUACGUUGGUGAUGACGACGGCGAGGUCUACGAACAUGUAAAACGAGCAUACUGGGCGGUGCUGCUCCUGGAGAGCGAGCUCCGAAUUCACUUCGAUGUCAUUGGGAGCGGAAUCUGGGACCACGAUGACAAGGUUUCAUUACCAGACAGUCGCCGUGCAUGGCAGUUCGAUAUCGAGACAGGCUCGCCGCAAGGCUCGACGACUACACCAGCCAGCAGCAUAUCACCAGACGGUCCUCCUACAGACCAGACGCAAUCAUAUUUUCUAGCCGAGAUCUCCAUGCGGCGGAUGCUGCACCGUUGCAACACGGCAAUUCGCCGAACACAUCGAGGAGACAUCGUCUACGCUCCGAACAUUGCAUUGGAGCUAGAACUGCAGCUUGAGGAGUGGUAUCGGUACCUGCCGGAAUCUGUGCGCUUUCAGAAUUCCGAGCAUGUUCCUAGCAGCACUCACAUGUUUGUUGAGCCGCUGGGAAACUUUCUCCGAGUGCAAUACUAUUGCUGCAAGCUAUCAAUCUACUGGCCGGCAGUGUACCAGUGCAUCCAGGAUGGUGUGGCCACAAAUGAAAUCCUCAAGCAUUGCGAAAUGUUCUUCCAGGCGUAUAUCCAGUUAAUGCCGAGUCUGCUAAUAUGCAUUCGUAACUGCAUCGUCAAUCGCUGGACGCUGUACGGUUCUAUCUUCAUGACAUCGAUGGCUGUCAUACAAGCAGCUCGGACACCGUGUCUUGGAGAUGGCUGUGUAGUGGACUGGCCUCGGCUUCUACUAUGCUUGAAGUCGACGAGCACCGUGGACCAGCGGAUUGUGGAGGCCAGCCCUUCUUUGUCGUUGAUGGAGAGUGCUCUUGCUCAACGUCUAACUGAGAUUGAUAGUUGGUUUCAUGCAUCAGAUAAGGUAGACUAA